AUGGGUAAACGGAAGUCCAACUCAGCCAACGCUGCUAUAGCGAUAGAGUCCACUGUUUCGCCUAUUCUUGAGGUGAACUACAAGGAUCCUUUGUUCACAGUUGCAGCACAUCCAUCUAAGCCGAUUUUAUUAUCUGGGCUAGUGACUGGGCAUGUAUACUGUAAUAGUUAUGACGCCGAAAAGCUAGAGGAAGCCCAGAGUGCUGCAAGAGAGAAAUUCAACGCUCUUGAAAAGGAAGCUUUUGCCCAAGGUAAAAUUGGCCAAAUCACCAAGUCCGUGUCCCAACUGAAAAAUAAAUGGUGGACCAUCAUCGAAGAUCAUACCGAAAUUGAAGAGGCUAGUCAUAUAGUGACCAACUGGAAGACCAAGAGGCACAAGGGCUCUUGUAGACAUGCCAUCUUUGAUCCUCUUCCUGGCUCUUUGGGUGAGUCUAUUUUCACAAUUGGCACUGAUCACACCAUCAAGAGGGCCAAUACUGAAACAGGAAAAGUGAUAGGUAAGGCCAACAUCGUUGAGCAUUUUGAAAAUAAGUCAGAUUCUGUCACUAAACUCUGUCACUCGAGUACCAAUCCUUUCUUGUUGACCGGCACCGAGGACGGGCAUGUGUUGGUGUUCGACAGUAAGAACCUUGGUGAGAACAAAAUUAAGUUCAAGGUUCCGCUGGUCCACGAUGAUUCAGUCAAUCAAAUCAUGGCAAUGCCUUCAGUAUCAGCAUAUCACUACCUUUCGUUGGGUUCAACCACUUUGUCGCAUAUUGAUAUCAGAAAAGGAAUCGUGACCCAGUCGGACAGUCAGGAUGAUGAAUUGCUUUCCAUGUGCUACGGAAUGGACAAGAGCAGUACUGCCAAUGAUACUGUGUUGGUGGGGCAUGGAGAGGGCAUAGUGACAAUCUGGAAGAACUCGAAGAACAGGUUCAUGGAUCAGCUUUCCAGAAUCAAGGUCAACAAGACGGCCUCCAUCGAUGCCAUCAUGCCAACCAUGAACGAAGAUGACGACGAACAGGCCGCGUCCGUUUGGUGUGGUGACAGUGAAGGGUUAUUGCAUAGAGUCAACUACAAGCGAGGAAAAGUGGUGGAGACCAGAGUACAUUCUUCCGCAAGAGGUAAGUACGGAGCUGCAGACGAGGUCGGUAUUCUUGAUAUUGACUACGAUUAUAGAUUAAUCAGCGCAGGUAUGGAUAGCUUGAAAAUAUGGUCGGGCCAGGAUUACGAGUACGAUAGCGAGAGCGAUUCCGAUUCAGAUGACAGCGACGAUUCGUUAGGAUCAGAAGAAUUUGCAUUCGACUCAGACAAAGAGGACAAAGAGGACAAGUCUGACGACGAGCAGGUCGAAGAGAAUGGUGAAGACGAGAACUCCGAUGAAAGCAAUGCUUCAGAUGACUCUGACGAAGCCCCAGAAGAAGAUACCCAACCCAAGAUUGCAAGAAGAAGACCAUUCCCAGGAACUGCACCUAGCACGAAAAAGAAGACUCUUGACCUCAACAGCAAGGUAGAGCCCGAGCCUGCUGAACCGGUAGCUAAGAAGCCCAAGGUCAAGCAGAUGUCUACCAAACAAUUGAAGAAUCUUCAGAAGCACGAGCACGGCAUUCGGAGAUUUGAAGGGCUUUGA